AUGUACACACAGACACAUGUACGUACAAACACACACACACACACACACAUGUACAUGCACACACACAGACAUAUGUACACACAUACAUGCAGAUACAUGUACAGAUACACACAUGUACAUGCACACACCACACACACACGCCUAUAAAAAGUUGCAGUACUUCGUUGUUCACUCACAGAGCCGGGUACUGCACUCUAGGGGGAGGCAGAGAGCGCAGCACACACUCCUUCCUUUGCUUUCACUGCGCUCAGCUAUUGAGCAGUCUGACUGCUCCCAGUGCCAAUGACAGAUCCGGCCUGAGCUCCGAGCCUGCACAGCAAGAUGGCCCUGGGGGACACACUCGCCCCCACCAUAAUUUCCACUCACCAUUGGCAAGCAGGCGAGUGGAAAUUUCAAGGCCUGCUUUAGGG